GAGAAUAGGUAAAAUUAUGGGAUAUGGAGCAAUGUUAAUCCCUUUGUUCCAAUCCGAAGUGUUGCCAGAAAUAUAGGAAAUACAACACAAGCUCACUCACAGUCACUGGUCACUCUGCUUCAUGAAAAUUAAAUUGAAGUUGAAAUCACGCCACAAAGUCUAGUGUUGUAUUUCUAUGUGAAAACAAGGACGUUGAUUCUUGUUCUGCUCGAUUUGCACCCUUACCCGGUGCGUAUUUAUUGCAUGCUGGAUCACCCACCACGCCACUCUCUGAUUUGAUUUUAGGGUGCAAUGGUGUUGGGUUGAGACUCGGAGAGAAUGGGAGAGAACGGAAUCGACGCCACGGAGGGUGGGCUUGUGUGGGUCCGCCGGCGUAAUGGGUCGUGGUGGCCGGGCCGGAUAAUGGGCCUCCAUGAACUGUCCGAGACUUGCUUAGUUUCUCCGAGAUCGGGCACUCCUGUUAAGCUUUUGGGCCGCGAGGAUGCUAGCGUGGAUUGGUAUAAUCUUGAGAAGUCAAAGCGGGUUAAGGCUUUUAGGUGUGGGGAGUAUGAUGGGUGCAUUGAGAAGGCUAAGGCCUCUGCUGCCAAUUCCAACAAGAAGGCCGUCAAGUAUGCUCGCAGGGAAGAUGCUAUUCUUCAUGCUCUUGAGCUCGAGAGUGCUCGCCUGGGUAAGGAGGCGUUAAACUUCUGCUCUGGCUCGCCUGUUUUGCCCCAAGGUUCGCCGGUUAUGUCUCCUUCUGGUGCUGAUGCUGAUGCUGAUGCUGAUGCUGAUGCUGAUGAGGAUGUCACUGGUGAUGACGAUCUGACUGACUCUGAAGACAAUUCUAACUCGCCUCCUGAAUUGUCCCAAUCUGGUCUGUCUUUUGAGGAGCCCAGUCAGAAUGGUUUUCCCAAGGGAAGGAGAAGAAGGACACCUAAUGAUUCGGAAGAUGAUGGAACGGAAGGAGUCAAGCGGAUGAGGGGGCUUGAGGACUUGGGCAUUGGCGUAGUGUCAAAGAGGAAGGUUCUGGGUGCAGGUAGACCUGAGGCAGCUCAGCAAAAUGGUGGUUUUCUCAACAAUUCAAACCCAUGGAAUUGCCUCACAAAUGGGACUUCUAUUGUUGGUGGUAAGGGUCAUUCUUCCGCAGUGAAAAGAAAGAGAUCGCAAGUGGCAAAUACUCAUGAAUCAUUGAGAAGGAAAAGUCGGCGCCGGCAAUUGACUAAGGUUUUGGAGAGUACAGCCAUGGUGUCAGUUCCACUAAUUUGUGAUCAGCUUCCUGGUUCAGGCAGUUCUCCGCUCUGUGGAGUCACUGAUAGUAAGACUUCGGGAUUAGAUUCCAAUGAACCAAAAAAAGAUUCUCCAUUGCCAAUUCAUAAUUCUGAUAGUACUGAGGCUGCUUGUGAGAAUGGAACUUCAUUAAAUAUUUGUGAUCAUGGUUGUGUAGCUUCUCAAAUCAAUCACACAGUAAAGGAGAAUGAAACUUGUGCUAUAAUUAAGAAUGAUUCCUCUGAUAAAUUAUUUGAUGUACCAUUUGUCAGGGUUCCUGAGGAGGAGAAACAUGCCACAGGUUUCUCACCUGUUCCUGCUUGUUCAUCUGCAAAGCCACAAGUUGAUGCACUAGAACAACAAUCAUGUCAUCUUAGUCAAUCUGAAGUUAUGUCAUUGAGAAACGACAGUCAGAAUAUUGGUCGUAGAAGUUCAGCUGCUGGUCAUAAUUCUAUUGACCAUAGAACAGAGAAAGAUAGUUCAGAGUGGCAGUCAAAAGGAAAGAGGAAUUCAAGACAUUUUAGUAAAAAUAGAAAAGAAGUCUCAAGAAAACACAUGGACAUGGAUGAUGAAUCCAGUGCUUAUUUGGUUGGAAUAGAGAAGUCCAGUGGAUUCUCUCAGGGUGCUGAGCCAAAAGUUGAUCUGAAUAUCAUUGGUGCUACAUCUCAAGUUAGGUGCAAACCUGUUGCUGAAGGCCAAUUAGAAGGGAUUCAGGAUAUGAGCAAGCGUAUUAGGGGGACAACAGAAGUAAAGCUAUUGCCUGAUGGAUCUCUCACACCUCAGAGAUCACUUCCUUAUCGCCAGUCUCGUUUUACUGUCAACUCCAGAUAUCAAACGGUAGAUUUUCCUGGAAGAAGUUAUUGUUCCGAUGCUUCGUUAUAUGAUGUUAAACUAGAAGUUAAAUCCAGCUAUCGGCCACAGCAUGUCCCUUUAGUUUCUCUUGUUAGUAAACUAUAUGGUAAAGCCUUUAUUGGACACCCUUUGACAGUAGAUGUUUUGGAUGAUGGUUAUUGUGAUAGAGUGUUGAGUGGCAUUGGACGUGACAUGGAAGGUGGCGACACUUUUGUGAUCAAGCCAAACUCGGCAACUGGAAGAAAACAUUCCAAGAAAUUGUCACGUUUUUCACGCAGUAAAUCUUCCAAAAAGAAAAAAUCUGGUCUGUUGAAUAAAAAGAUUCGAAAGUUGUCCUCGCUGACUGGACACAGGCAAUCAGAAGAGAGAAGACCAGUGGGAAAUAAGCUCAAGGGUCCUAUCAUAGCUUGUAUUCCCCUUAAAGUAGUAUUUAGUAGGAUAAGUGAAGCAGUGAGUGGUCAGGCACGGCCAACAAACCGUGCAAUACCAACAUCCAACCCUUGAACUUCAGUUAUUGGGAAGGAGUUGCAGACAACGGCUUAUAUGGAGAAUUGUUUCUUUGGUAACUCGAGAGAUUUUUGGUUUAGUUUUGCCGACAAUAACAUCUGGUUUAUCUAUAAGUGCAGUUUGCAGCAUAAGAUUUUCAAGACAUUUUCCAUUAGAACUGGCAGGAUUUGGUUGAAUUGUAAUCCCCCUGAGGCUUCUGUUGGCUUUGUAAAUAAUGUAACAUUAGCUGAGUUGUAAAGAUGAUCUAGUAUUAGGUAAUGGUGACCUGAUAUUAGGUUCUCAAAAAGUCAUCUCAUGAAUUCAGGUUCUCCAAAAGUCGUCUUCAUACUGUAUUCGGAUGUUGGACGGGAAUAUUUUUAUUCUCCAAGCCGCCUCUGAAUUCUACAAGGUUAUAAUUGAAAAAGAAAAUUGAAAUUGAGAAUACUUGGAUUUGAUGCCAUUCCACUCUUGCAUAUUUGUAUUUGCUUGGAACUUUUUCUGUAUUCAUUUGUGAUCAAAACGUACGAAGAGUUAAUCAAGAACAACAUAAUUUCCUUA